UUGCAAUUCAGCCCGUGUGCGGAGUUUCGAGUUCUCACGGACUGUACAUACAUCGGUCUUGUAUCGUGUAUAGCCUUGCAUUCCCCGGCGUUGAGUAGCUUCAUAAGCUGACCGGCGACAGAACGGCGACGGCACUCACAAAAGACCGCUCCCAUACCAUUCCGAUACUUUCGCAUAAAAACGGCACCAAAAUGGGCAAAGGAAAGCGUGCCCAUUUCGAUUCGUCCCGGCCUCCCGUCUCGUCGGCGGACUUGCUGUCCAAGGUGGACAACUACAGCCACGACACGCUGUACUCCGUCCUCGAUGACGCUUCUAUCGAGGACCUGUUGCUCCACGAAGUAGCUGCCGCUCCGGCCGCCGACCCUGGAACACCCGUGUUCAACAGCAAAGGGCACAAAACUUCCGAAAAGAAGAACGUCGCCACGGCGGCUGUAGGCAAAUUCGAUGAUAUCUUUGCGCAUGAGAAGAGUCCCUCGGAUGCCCAUGCCUCGGAGCACUUGCUCGAGGAGACGCCGUACGGUGUGCUCAUGACGACGUACAUGUCGUACUUCUUCUUGAUUAUUUUUGGCCACAUCCGCGAUUUCUUUGGGAUGAGGUUUAGGAAGGAGGAGUAUGCGCAUUUGAGCACGCGCGAUGGGUUUGCGGCCUUGAACUCUGGGUUUGACACGUUCUACCAGCGGAGGCUGUACAGGAGGAUUAGGGAUGUGUUCAACCGUCCCAUCACAAAUGUCCCCGGUAGGACGGUGACGCUUCUAGAGCGUACGAGCGAUGACUUUAACAAAACCUUCAAGCUCACCGGCAACACCAACGAAGUACUGAACCUGUCCUCCUACAACUACCUCGGUUUCGCACAAGCCGAAGGCCCCUGCGCCGACGAAGUCGAAACCACCAUCCGCAAAUACGGCGUCGGCGCCUCCUCUAGCCGCAACGAAGCCGGCACUUCCGACCUCCACAUCGAGACCGAAGCCCUCGUCGCACGCUUCGUCGGCCACGAAGCCGCCAUGCUCGUAUCCAUGGGUUUCGCGACCAACUCCACCACUAUCCCCGCGCUGGUCUCCAAGGGCUGCCUGAUCAUCAGUGACGAGCUGAACCAUGCGAGUUUGAUCUACGGGUGCAGGAUCUCGGGUGCGCCGAUCAAGACGUUUAAGCAUAAUGACCCGCAGGAUUUGGAGAAGGUGUUGAGGCAGGCUAUUGCACAGGGUCAGCCGCGGACGCAUAGGCCGUGGAAGAAGAUUUUGGUUAUUGUUGAGGGGUUGUACUCGAUGGAGGGCAGUAUCUGCAACUUGCCUGGGAUUGUGGCUCUCAAGAAGAAGUAUAAGUUCUACCUCUACGUCGACGAGGCCCACUCCAUCGGCGCCCUCGGCCCCAACGGCCGCGGCGUCUGCGACUACUUCGGCAUCGACCCCCUCGACAUCGACAUUCUCAUGGGCACCUUCACCAAAUCCUUCGGCGCAGCCGGCGGUUACAUCUGCUCCUCCCGCGCCAUAAUCGACAUUAUCCGCCUCCACUCCUUCUCCUCCGUCUACGCCGAAUCCAUCACCCCGCCCAUCCUCCAACAGAUCCACACAUCCAUGCGUAUCAUCGCGGGGGACGCGCAUGCACCCGAGGGACGGCGUCGUGUGGCCCAGUUGGCAAGGAACGCCCGUUUCUUUUCCGCCCAGUUGCGUAAAAUGGGAUUCAUCGUCUACGGUGACGCCGACUCGCCCGUCGUGCCGCUGUUGCUCUUCCACCCGGCCAAGAUCCCGGCCUUCUCUCGCGCGAUGCUCGAGAGGGGCAUUGCGGUGGUGGUGGUGGGUUACCCCGCGACGCCGAUUAUCACAUCGCGGGUGAGGUUUUGUCUGUCGGCGGCGCAUACGAUUGAGGACUUGGUGUAUGCGUUGAAGAUGAUUAGUGAGGUGGGGGAUGAGAUGGUGUUGAAGGUUAGCCGGGUUAAUCAGGGGCAGCAGCCGCAUCGGUUGUUGCUGGAGGAGUAAAAAGGUGGGGUUGAGAGUUGGAUGGGGUUGCGGAAGUGGUUUUGUAUAAGCUUUGACUUGGUCCCUCUUUUUGUAUUGCAUACCAUCAAGCACAAAUAUUACUGUUAAUCUCGCAACCAACUUGCAAACAUCGACGGCUUGAGUAUGAUCCAGUGUUUUGCCAAUCCCAAUAAAUACAUCGCUUUCGCACAGCAAAAGGUCCAUCGU